UUUUUGUGUCAAGUCACUGCAAAGGUUUAUUUUUACCACCAUUGCUGCUGCUUCCUCUCCUUGGCUUGGCGAUCACAAGUUUUUUGUCCGUAUAAUGGAGGCACCUUGCUGUUGAGGCACUAAAUUCACUGUCCCAUUAACUUUCCAAGGUCUAUUAUGAUGAGUUUAAUUGUUUUGGUCAUAAUAUGGCUACUUUCAUGAAUAUGGAUAUUUAGAGAGCAAUCUUAGAGCAGGGUAUGGUCAAGUCUUGUUAGAAACUUCGGUGAUUGUAAUCAUACACUUGUCAGCUAGACUCAAAAUGGGUUCAUUAACAGAUUUUUUGGUGUGAGCUUGCCCACUUAUGAGCAGUGUGCAAAAUAUCAUUAUAGCGGAAGGGUCAACUUACAAACUGAGAUCAGCAAAUGAGAAUGCAGUUGUAUGAAUUUGUGGACCUGGAACUGAUGAGCGUGCCCCAAGUCCAAGCUCUUUGUGGUAGCUGCAAGGCUAUCAUCAUUCUUGUCCAGAGAAGUACUGUGACAUUGGGUUCUCCACAGCAUCAAAGUUCAGGUCUUGCUGAGUGCCGAGUGGUUUGGGAGACUGCUUUCAUAUCUUGUGCAUGGCAUGUUCCCGAAAAUAUGAUGGUAAUCUCUUCAAUUCAGGUGAAAUACUUGCACAAGACAUUUGAUCUCUUUGGAGAUGUAUUUGCAAUCUGGGCAUUGUCGUGUUCAGAUCAAACAAAGGCAACACUUGGUUCAUCACUUAAUUUCACCUGUGUAGGUAGGUUGUCUGGUAUUUCUUUAACCUGA